GUCCCAACCAGUGGUUUACCGAAGGAUCGCGCCCGACCGGCAUUGGCAUUUAUUGGCACGGCUGCCAAUCUCGUGUCGUGACAAGCGGCGGCGGUGGACAAGCAGCAGGCAGGCAGGCAGGCAGGCAGGAUCAUCAAAUCCCACAACAAUCACUCCAUAACCUCCCGAAAAGACCAACACCAGAUGCGCAUGUACCGGUACCUCCCAGCUGACGGGACCCAGCGAUUUGCCCACUCACCCUCAUUCCUCACUCACUCACACACCCCUUCCCUCCGUUUUCCCUCCCUCCCUCGCUCACCUCCCCCUUCCUCGGCCCGGGGUUGGAUGGUCCGCCGCUCCCAGCUCGCAGUUGCUGAAGCCAAACCAGCCCAACCCGCCCUGCGCCCCAACGUCCGUCCCCUCCCCCGUGUACCGUACCCAGCUGGUCGGUGCCGCAGGCCUGCGCUAGCCCUGCUGUCGGUUGCUAAGCGAGGACCUGGGGGGGGACGGGGUUUUGGAUUGGGUGUCGGUUGUUGGUCGGCGGCUUUUUUUUUCUUUUCUUGGGUUGGUUUCUGGUUGGGAGCACAAGGCCUCUGCUGUGUGACCGCAGCAAAGUGCUUACUGGUAUGGAAGGCUUCUGGACUUUUGGGGGCCGCGGCUUUUGCUGGUGGGGACCCUGCGCCGUUGGUAACCGUUGCUUACUCCUUUCCUUGUGCGACACCCACCCCCCUUCCCCCCUUCCCCAUCCCCCUUUUCUGUCGGCGCCGUACCGAAUAUGGGGCCCGCCCGGGUGUGACGAGUCGGGGGUUCCAUCCUGCCGGUGCGUUGUGGGUAGGGUGAUAUUGUCUGGGGGUUGUUGGCCGCUGAUCGGUAAAUGCUGGGUUCAAGCCUGAGGGACUGAGACAUAUUACGUGCCCAUUCUCAUCAUUCCGCUCCUGCCCUCGGGCUAACGUGACUUUGCGGCACAGUGUGUCAGGUGUCCUUUGCAAUACCAGCGAUGCACCCGCGGAGCUGCGGAUGGACGUAC